AUGCCAAAAGCAGAUCUACUGAACCAAUUUAUAAAAACCUUGAAAGGAUUCGAUAAAGUAGUAAAAAAUGUUAAAUUCUUAAAAGGAGAUAAAGGAAAUUGCGUUGCGACGGUCAAAAUACAAGAGGAUAAUCUGAAUCCCAUGGGUGGUCUGCAUGGUGGUUUCUCUGCAACUUUAGUCGAUUCAAUCUCUAGUUUUGGUUUGAUGACUCAUGAACCAUGGGCCACACCAAGUGUAUCUGUUAACAUAAAUCUUACAUAUCUGAAAGGUGCAAAAGUUGGUGAAGAAAUUACGAUUAUUUCGAAUGUCUUAAGAGCUGGAAAAACUAUGGCUUAUUUGGAUGUUGAACUGCGUAAUGCAGCUGAUCAACUGCUAGUGAAGGCUGAACAUACAAAAUUUAAAAUGGGUGCUUAA